GAUUAAUUUAACAUUUUCAUCAAUGGGUGUAUUAAAACUUCAAGUGAAAAUCGGGGGGGGAGGAGUAUUCAGGUUGUUAUUAGAAUACAGAGUUUCAGUCGAUUUGAAGCAUGUUUAGUUUAAGCGAUGAAUUUUGCUGCAAAUUUCGCAAAAGCGUUGUUGAAUACUUUCCCAGCUUUGAACUUAACAGAAAGUGUUUUAAAUGAAGAAAUUUUAAAUGUACAGACAAAAUGUGGACACAUAUUUGUUUACCUUCUUGAUGAAUGUUGUCAAAAUUUAUAUCAAGAUGAACUGAGUACAGCUUUAUCAUCAAGCCAGGCUGUAAUAGAUCUCACGUGGGAGAAAAUCAACACAGGUUAUUGGAAAGAUGUUGAUAUAGCAUGGAGAAAAUUAUACUCUUUUGCAACAAUUGUAAGAACUUUGGUUCUUUUUAAAAUGGACAAACUACCAGAGACAAUUAAGACUUGUGAUUUAGGAUUGUUGUUAGGUAGCCCUGUUUUGGAUAAUGUUUUGACAAAAAUUGUUGCCUGUAUUCAAGAAAAAAUACGACAUAUCGGUGGCAACAAGUUGACAUUGAACAAAUUUGAAAAUGAAGUUGAACAACCUCGGAGUUAUGGAAUAAACAGCGACCACUCUGGCAAUGAUGGUAUAAAUUUGAAAACACCACCAUUAACAGAAUGUCACCAGUUGAUUGAGAAUUUAUCUAACGACUCACAUUCAUGUUCACAGACUAAACGAGCAAAGAUAACUUGUAAUAACGAGCAAAAUAUUGAACGUAUAUUGUGCCCAAGUCUGAGUAAAUUUCAAAAUGAAUUUAUGGAUAACGAGGUACCUGUUAUAUUACAAGGGAUAAUGGAUCAUUGGCCUGCGAGGGGUUCUCGUCAGUGGAGUUUUAAUUAUCUUCAAGAAAUUGCUGGCGAUCGAACAGUACCAGUUGAAAUUGGGUCUCGUUAUACCGAUGAAUCAUGGACACAAAAAUUAAUGACCAUUAACGAGUUCGUUAGUGGUUACAUAUCAAACAGUAACGAUGGUAAAAAUGUCGCAUACUUGGCUCAACAUCAAUUGUUUGAUCAAAUUCCAGAACUUGCUAACGACAUCGUUAUUCCGGAUUAUUGCUGCCUGGGUAACGAUGAUGAUGCUGAUGUUAUUGUCAAUGCAUGGUUUGGUCCAAAAGGGACGGUAUCACCCUUACACCAUGAUCCCUACCAUAAUCUACUGGCACAAGUUGUGGGAGAGAAAUAUUUACGGAUAUAUUCAACAACUGAAACUGAGAAACUUUACUCACAUGACUCAUUUUUGCUGUCGAACACCAGUAAGGUAAGUAAUAAUGAUAUAUGAAAUGACUUAGUGGUCCAGUGUAGGUAAUAUUCAACAAUAAGCUGCCGUGGUUUGUGUCUGAACUACCUGAAAAAGAUAUCUCAAACAUGGUGGUCCAGUGUAGGUAGUAUUCUACAAUAAGCUGUCGUGGUUUGUGUCUGAACUUCCUAUAAAGGACUGUGGUUCAGAAGACACAAACUGCAACAUAGCUUAUUCAUAAUUUUUCUUUGUAAAGGUUGACAUUGAGAAUCCUGACUUAGCAAAGUAUCCACUGUUUGAAACUGCUGACUACAAGGAAUGCAUUCUGAAGGCAGGAGAGAUGCUCUAUAUUCCGAGGAAGCAUUGGCAUUUUGUCAAGUCACUAUCGGUUAGUUUUUCAGUUAGUUUUUGGUGGUCGUAAUUUCAUGUCAUGCUUGCAACAAAAUGAUAAACAACAAUCAACAUUGGACAAUUGGAGUGUAAUGAAUCAUAAUUAUAAGGAAAACAUAUGCAUUAUCCCCACCCUCCCAGUAUAAUGCAUGUAUUAGUGCAACCAUCUGUGAAACUUAUAUUCGCCCACCAUUGCAAUGUCAAUGUAUAUUUAUGCUUUUUCAACUGAAGAGCCAUAAUCAUCAUUCUGCUCAGAGCCCAGUAAUGGCGAUGACUGUCUGUUCAUUUCAUCUUCUAACAUCUUAGCCCGGUUUGCAUCCCACUUCAACACAAACAGAGUCAACAAAAAUAGCACAGAGCUUGCAAGAUAUAACCCAGGAUACAGUAGAUAUAGUGCCACGCGUAAACUUCCUGUAGCCUCCUUAAGAGGCGGCACAGCCAAAGGCAUAUUUCCGCCAAUUAUGCUAAUUAUGAAUAGGUAGUAAGCCACAAUCGAUGUUCGUAGGGCUUUCGGGACAAGUUCGACUACGACUGUCAAGGCGACACCUAUCCACAUUUCUCCAAUGAUAUUGGCGACGAUGAGACUUAGAAAGCAAUAAGGAGGAUGAAGGAAUAAGGCCCCAGCUGCAAACGGCGCUCCAAUUAGCUAAAAAAAAAUUAAACAUUAACUUGGUUUAGACCAAUUUAGACUACACAACUUUUGCCUAAAACUGUAGCGUGCAACCUGCUUACAAUUUGACUGUGUAAAUCAACAUACAGCUUGUCUAUGUUUUCGUCCAAAUGCAAUUUUAUUACAACUUACGACGUGUUAUUUCGAUGCGCAGAACAACACCUACAGUCACAAACAAAUACAUUGUAUACUGUUUGUGGUUGUUGGUGACUUGGUGUUUUGUACUCAGGUGAAUAUGAUGUUUGUGGUGUUACUCUGAGUGUGCAUCCACAAAGUUUGAAAAGUUUGCCUGACCACGGCGGGUUCAAUUCCCAACCUGGUCAGCAAACUUUUCAGCUUGCCCGGUGUGGAUGCACACUCAGAGUAACACUACAAACAAAUACAAUGCAUCUUUCUUACCUGACUGAAAACCAGCACCCAUACCCGGGCAUAAAGACCUCGGUUUUUGAUGACCUGGUCGGAGAUUACACCCCCGAGAAGGACACCCAUUGAGCCGCCAACCAGAGGUAUCCAGGACAUCCAGUAGCCUAGGUUCACAUCGGGAUAAUACUUCUCAAAGUAAGGUUGAGUGUUGUAUGCCCAUACAUAUCCACCUGCAUUCCUUAUUGACCCUGCUAGACAGAGGAUGAGUAAGGAGGGACUAAGGAAUAUUUUGACGACGUAUGACAUGCCACCUUGUUUUAACGAUUUCUGAAAGAGAAGUAAACGAAGUUGAGGCAAAGGAUUUGUGCAUGGUCAGCCCGAGUCAAAUUGGCGGAUGACUGCAAAUCAGAAUGGAGGGAUAUUCCAGCAGGUGUUCCACAGGGGACCAAGUUGGGGCCGUGGCUUUUUCUACUAAUGAUCGAUGACAUUGACAUCGCUAACACUGAUAUGUGGAAGUUUGUGGACGACACCACUAUGACCGAGUGUGUGGAGAGAGGCAAUGCGAGCACGAUCCAAAUGCAGUGACUGAGUUCUCAGAUAAGGCUCAUGCUAACAAGUUCCAAAUGAACGAGGCAAAAUGUAAAGAGCUCAGGAUCUCAUUUGCUAGGACCAAUCCCCAAUUCGAUUCGGUGAUGGUCAAUGAAAAGCCACUGGAGAUUGUUCAACACGCAAAGCUGC